AUGCGUACGAAAUCAAAAGGGUGCAUCAGGUUGGCUUCCAACGACCCGAGACGACAACCGAUCAUUGAUCCGAAUUAUCUCAACCAUGACGAUGAUUGGAAGGAGUUCAGGAAAUGUGUGCGGUUGUCGCGCGAGAUAUUUGCCCAGAAAGCUUUCGACGCAUACCGCGGUGAGGAGCUAUCGCCUGGUAAGGACGUCACAACGGACGCCCAGAUUGAUAGCUUUGUCAAGGAAAUGUCCGCAUCUGCAUACCAUCCAUCCUGUUCUUGCAAAAUGGGCUCGCAAGAUGAUGAAAUGGCAGUGGUUGAUCCUGAGACGAUGACUGUUCAUGGCACACAAAACUUGAAGGUUGUUGACGCCAGUAUUAUGCCGUCAAUAGUGAGUGGCAAUCUGAACGCUCCUGUUAUUAUGAUGGCGGAACGAGCAGCUGAUAUUCUCCAAGGAAAAAAGUUGCCUCCACUAACAAAUAUGGCGUUACCCAAGUUUGAUUUGUGCGAUAUGGCUGCGAACCCAACCGGAUGGGGACCGCUUGGAAAUCCACCCGCUCUGGACACAUCAAUUCCGUUCCAGCAGUACAACAAAGCUGAUCGAAUUGGUCGUGUUGCUGAUUGGAUUGGAGUGGAUCGAUUUUUCUAUCGGAGAGUAAAUGAACGAUACAACGAGAGAAUGUAUGGCUCUGCCGCAAAUGCAGGUAGUCAGUUUGACUACGUUCACGGUAUGGAUGAAAACAACUUCCAAUUGGUUGACUCAUCGAAGCCUGUGCAACGUAAUCCACAACGUAAUUACCGCGCACGUCAAUUACAAUUCAAAAAAUUGCUACAAAAAGACCAAGAAAGGCGUGAGCAAGCCUUACAAGGGCAAAAUCUGAAGAUGAAACGAAGUAUUGCCAAAGAGCAGCAGCGUGCCUUCAAAAUGUGGCAACGCCGCGGAGGAAAUGCCCGUCAAGGACAGCGAGGUCCUGGAGGCCGUUAUCCAGGAGAAAGGCCCAAGGAUCGCCUUCCAUCGGUGCAAGUCCGUCCGGAAUGGCAAGUUAUAGAAGAAAUGGACUUCCCUCGCCUUCUUAAACUCAACCUUCCUGGUGUAGGUAAUGGCGAAGACAUUGGCAAACAUUUGUAUGGCACCCUGCACUUUUACGACAAGGCAUCUGACGUGUAUCAGCCGAAAUCCGAUUACUUUGCAACGAUGCGGUGGCAAACUUCUAUAAUGUUACUACCACGGAAGACCCAGUCAUAG